AUGUUUUCUUUUAGAAACGUAUUUUCCGUUAUGUCAAUCAGACAAAAUAAAAUUCGUCUGGAUGUGAAACAAUGUCGUAACUACGAUGUACUCAGUGUAUCGCAGAAUUUAAUAAGAGGUUUGGAUCACUUGCGGGACCCCAGGCUGAAUAAGUGUCUUGCAUUUACAUUAGAAGAAAGACAGGCGCUUGGCAUUCAAGGUUUAUUAGCUCCGCUUUAUAAAACGCAAGAGGAACAAUUGAACGUCUGUCGGGUAUCGUUAGACCAAUACAAAAACGAUUUAAACAAGUAUUUGUACUUAGCUGAAUUGCUGGAUACAAAUGAGAAGUUAUUCUUUAGUUUGAUUUCACAAAACAUUGAAACGUUUUUGCCUAUUGUUUACACGCCAACAGUGGGGCUAGCAUGUCAAAAGUUCGGUCUUGUUUACAAGCGACCGCGUGGGUUAUUCAUUACAAUUAAUGACCGAGGACAGAUAUCAAGAGUCAUACGUAAUUGGCCAGAACAAGAUGUAAGAGCGAUAGUAUUUACUGACGGCGAAAGAAUUCUUGGUCUUGGAGACUUAGGGGCUUAUGGCAUGGGCAUUCCUGUUGGCAAGUUGGCAUUGUAUACGGCAUUGGCAGGUAUCAAGCCUCAUCAGUGUCUGCCUGUAACAUUGGAUGUGGGCACGGAUAAUGCGACCCUUCUGGAAGACCCACUUUACAUUGGAUUACGUCAAAAACGGGUACGAGGAAAAGAUUACGAUGAUUUUGUACAAGAAUUUAUGGAGGCUUGCGUUAAGAGAUUUGGUGCGAAUAUUCUUCUGCAGUUUGAAGAUUUUGCAUUAGGGAAUGCAACACGUCUGCUACAGAAAUACAGAAACGAUUUCUGUACUUUCAACGAUGAUAUUCAGGGCACCGCAAGCGUAGCAGUUGCUGGAUUAUUGGCCACCGUCAGAAUAACUAAGAAAAAGCUUACGGAAAACACAUAUAUGUUCUUGGGAGCUGGGUCUGCCGCUACGGGUAUAGCAAACCUGACAUGCGAGGCGAUGGUCGAAGACGGAAUGCAGUUAAAGGAUGCUCAAAAGCGUAUCUAUCUCUUCGAUAUAAACGGCCUCGUGAGUUCGAAAAGAGAGAGCGGUUUGCCCGAACACUGCAAACAUUUUGCCAAAGACGUGGAACCUGAAAAGAACUUCGAAGCCUGCGUGGCGAAAUACAAACCUACCUGUCUUAUUGGUUGUUCUACAGUAAAAGGGGCAUUCAAUGAGAAGAUACUGAAGUUAAUGGCGAAAAAUACGGAACGGCCGGUUAUUUUCGCUCUCUCGAAUCCCACCAGUAGAGCGGAGUGUUCCGCUCAGGAGGCAUAUGACCAUACUGAUGGUAAAUGUAUAUUCGCAUCUGGUUCCCCGUUCCCCCCAGUGAAGUUCAAGGAUAAACAAUAUUAUACGGGACAAGGGAAUAAUUCGUACAUAUUUCCCGGCCUGGCGUUGGGAGUGAUUGCAGUACGCGCUCGUAUCAUACCGGAAAGCAUGUUUUUGAGGGCAGCCAGGAGCUUAGCGAACUUCGUCAGUGAAGAAGAUCUUAAUCUAGGUAGAAUAUAUCCUCCUCUUUCCGAUAUUAAAAAAAUCUCAUACGUUAUGGCCGCAGAUCUGGCAGCACUGGCAUACGAAAAAGGUAUCGCAACAGUACAUCCCCCUCCGAAGGACUUCAAGAAAUUCCUCGAUGAACACAUAUACAAUCUGUCGUAUCACAGUUGUCUACCCAACUUCUUUAAAUACCCAAAGCCACCAGAUAUCAAAGUGAAGUCCGUUGAAGAAGUUCACGGUGUACCUAAAGUAUGUGUAAUAGAAGUCUCUCACUUACGAUAG